CUGAAUCUGGAAAGCUGUUAAUCUGGAAAGCUGUUUUCUUUUGCUAAACUAUCUCUCUCUCUCUCUAGCAGGAAUCUGGUUGAAGAGUAAUGACCAUUGCCGUCUUGCUGACAUCAACGCGCUCUGUUUUUUGCUAUAAAACCAGUUUAUUUGAUCUUGUUGGAUUAAAUGCAGAUUAUUUCUGCUUUGCUUCUUAGACCCUUUUGGACUCAAGGGUAGUUGAGCUCAGAUGAGCUUCUAGCUGAGCUCAACAAUGGCGGAAAAGAACAUUUCUACCUCCAUUUCCAUGGCUCCUCUGUUCUUGCUCUUCUUUUACUUCUCUGCAUUGUCUUUAGCCGUUAAUAUUACGUAUGACAGUCGUUCUCUUAUCUUCGAUGGCCAGAGAAAGCUCAUCAUUUCUUCUUCCAUUCAUUACCCUCGCAGUGUUCCUGGAAUGUGGCCUGAGCUCGUUAAAACUGCUAAAGAAGGAGGGGCUGAUGCAAUAGAGACUUAUGUGUUCUGGAAUGGACAUGAGCUUUCUCCAGGCAAUUAUUAUUUUGAUAAGCGCUACAAUCUGGUCAAGUUUGUGAAGAUUGUUCAGCGAGCUGGGAUGUAUUUGAUAUUGAGGAUUGGACCAUUUGUUGCAGCAGAGUGGAACUUUGGUGGUGUACCUGUUUGGCUGCAUUAUGUGCCUGGCACAGUCUUCCGAACUGAUAGCGAGCCCUUCAAGAAUCACAUGCAGAACUUCACAACAUUUAUAGUGAACAUGAUGAAGAGGGAGAAGCUUUUCGCAUCACAGGGAGGUCCUAUCAUCUUGGCUCAGGUAGAAAAUGAAUAUGGAGACAUUGAAAGGGUAUAUGGAGAUGGGGGAAAGCCAUAUGCUAUGUGGGCUGCAAGAAUGGCUCUUUCUCAAGAUAUAGGUGUACCUUGGAUAAUGUGCCAACAAUAUGAUGCUCCUGAUCCUGUGAUCAAUACCUGUAAUUCAUUUUACUGCGACCAGUUUAAACCUAAUUCUGUCAACAAACCAAAAAUGUGGACUGAGAAUUGGCCUGGAUGGUUUAAAACAUUUGGGGCAAGAAGUCCUCACAGGCCACCUGAAGAUGUUGCUUAUGCUGUUGCUCGUUUUUUCCAGAAAGGCGGUAGUGUACAAAAUUAUUACAUGUAUCAUGGUGGAACAAAUUUUGGUCGGACGUCAGGUGGACCAUUCAUUACCACAAGCUAUGAUUAUGAUGCACCAAUUGAUGAAUAUGGUUUAGCAAGACUUCCAAAAUGGGGACACUUGAAGGAACUCCAUAAAGCGAUUAAGUUGUGUGAGCAUGCACUACUCCAUAAUGAACCAACCCUUUUGCCUCUAGGUCCAUUACAAGAGGCCGAUGUUUAUGCUGACCCUUCAGGAGAAUGUGCUGCUUUCCUUGCUAACAUGGAUGAAGAACAUGACAAAAUAGUAGUUUUCCGAAAUGCAUCAUAUUACCUGCCUGCUUGGUCUGUUAGCAUCUUGCCAGAUUGCAAGAAUGAGGUGUUCAACACUGCAAAGGUUGGUUCCCAAACUUCUGUUGUUGAAAUGAUACCAGAGGAUCUUCAGCCAAUGGUGACAUCAGCAGAUAAAGGCUCAAACAAUUUGCAUUGGGACAUAUUUGUAGAGAAGACAGGGAUAUGGGGAGCAGCUGACUUUGUUAAAAAUGGCUUUGUAGAUCACAUAAAUACCACAAAAGAUACUACUGACUACCUUUGGUAUACAACAAGUUUGCAUGUUGAUGAAAAUGAGGAGUUCUUGAGAAAUGGAAAACAGCCUAUUCUUUUAGUUGCAUCAAAGGGCCAUGCUCUCCUUGCUUUUGUGAAUCAGGAACUUCAAGCUAGUGCAUCUGGAAAUGGUGCUAAUUCAACUUUCAAAUUAGAAAGCCCAGUUUCCCUCAAGGCAGGGAAUAAUGAAAUUGCUCUUCUAAGCAUGACUGUUGGGUUGCAAAAUGCAGGACCAUUUUAUGAAUGGGUGGGAGCUGGACUAACCAAUGUCAUGAUAGAGGGGUUUAACAAUGGAACCAUUGACUUGUCUUCAAAUUCUUGGAUCUAUAAGAUUGGACUGGAGGGAGAGCACUUAAACAUUUACAAUCCUAAUGGCUUGAAUAAUGUGAAAUGGGUUUCAACUUCAGAUCCACCAAAGAAUCAGCCUCUAACAUGGUACAAGGCAAUUGUUGAUACUCCACCUGGAGAUGAUCCUAUUGGGCUGGAUAUGUUAUCUAUGGGGAAAGGCCAAGCUUGGCUGAAUGGUGAACCAAUUGGAAGAUACUGGCCUAGGGCAAGUUCAGUAUAUGAUGAGUGUCCAUCUGAAUGCAAUUAUAGAGGCAAAUUUUUCCCAGACAAAUGUGACACUGGCUGUGGAGAACCAACUCAAAGAUGGUACCAUGUUCCACGAUCUUGGUUUCGGCCAUCAGGAAAUAUUCUGGUGAUCCUUGAGGAGAAAGGUGGAAAUCCAACUGAGAUUAAAUUCUCAAGACGACGAGUGACAGGUGUCUGUGCUGUCAUUUCAGAAGAUUUUCCCACUGUUGAUCCUGAAUCUUGGCAUAAGGGCACCAAUGGUAGCAAAGGCAAACCCACAGUCCAUCUGAAAUGUCCCUCCAACACUGUCAUUUCCAGUGUAAAGUUUGCAAGCUUUGGAAGUCCUAGUGGAAAAUGUGGAUCCUACAGCAAGGGGGACUGUCAUGAUCCUAAUUCCACUUCUGUUAUAGAAAAGAUCUGUCUAAACAAAAAUGGUUGUGAGGUAGCAUUAUCAGAAGAGAACUUCAAUAAAGAUCUGUGCUCCAGCUUGACAAAGAAACUUGCUGUGGAAGCAGUGUGCAGCUGAAGUUCCCUACUCUAGUGGCCAGACCGAUUUACAUGGAAUAUUUACCGGCUUAGAUUUUUCAAUGUUGUAUUGUUAUUUUUCACUUAUAUUUAUAGCAGGAAAAUUUUACUCCUUGGUUACUCUUCACUGAUGUCCAAAACAUUCAGACAGGCAUGAAGCCAACAAUUCCCAAUCAAAGGCAUGGAAAUCAAUUUUGUUAUACAUCAAUUCUGUCUAGAAAUCAAAUGGAAAGCUCUUAUCUGGAUCUA